CUGCUGCUUUUAGUUUCCUUGCCUUUUUGCUUGAUUCACUCAGUACAGUUGAAGUCAGCAGAGAAACGUGAAAGCUCGAAGCUUAGCAAAUUAAUUUAGUAACUUACUACUUACACACACAAAGACACAAAAUAAAAUGGCCGAUAAACCAAAACGUCCGCUCUCUGCUUAUAUGCUGUGGUUGAACAGCGCACGCGAGGGGAUCAAACGUGAGAAUCCUGGCAUCAAAGUCACCGAGGUGGCCAAGCGUGGAGGUGAAUUAUGGAGAGCAAUGAAGGAUAAGUCGGAGUGGGAGGCAAAGGCAGCUAAGGCCAAGGACGAUUACGAUCGUGCCGUGAAGGACUUUGAGGCCAAUGGCGGUGGUGGUGGUGCGCCGAAUGGAAAUGCCAAGAAACGCUCAAAGCCUGCCAAAAAGCCAGCGAAAAAAAGCAAAAAGGAGGAAUCUGAAGAUGACGACGAUGAGGAGAGCGAGUAAAGCAUUGUUACUUUGUUGGCAUAAUUAAAGGAAACCACAAGAACAAAUAUAGUGGACCUCCUCCUCAUUCAGUCAAUCCCAUUUCGUCUAAGCUACACCACCAACCCCCACACACUCCACACAAACCACAUACCCAAAAAAAAAAAAAAAAAAAAAAAAAAAAAAAAGAAAAACCCAUAACAAUGAGACCACCUCUAAUAAUAUCAAAAGAAACAGGAAUGUUGCUGUCCGAAAUACGCAACUAAAGAAAACAACAGCAACAACAACAACAAAAUGAACAUAUGCAAAAUUGUAUUUAUACUUAAGAAUUUAAGUUUAUAGUAGGCGAGUCUUUUAGUAUACACAUUUCACAAGAGGACAAAACAGUUCAGUUUUUUUUUUUUAAUGUCGAGCUCAACGCGCGCCGGAUUUUUGAAUCCCGCCGCAUUAACAAAACUCAAGAAAAAGACGGCGGCAAAACAAAUGAAAUUGAUUGAUUUGUGUAUCUUGCAUAAAAAUUUUGUAAAUUAAACGAUAACGUAAUUCCAUUAUAAAUAAACAAAACGAAAAAAAAAGCAAAAAAAAAAGAAAAUACAAAACACAAAAAUUGUUCUGAAAAACUAUAUCCUGUACGUGAGUAGAAUUUACUCACACAACAACAAGAAAAACACAUUGAGAAACGUUGCUAGGGUCGGCCAAAACGAACGGCAUAUUUACCGUCUAUUAUAUAGAUCGAUAUAUACCAAUAGCUCUAUAUGCGUAAUGUUAAACAAGUUAUAUCAGAUUUAAUGAAAAA